AGGCUGGAAGAGGACGUUGAGGAUAAAGAAAAAAAGGUGAUGAACCUCGCUAACAUCGGGUUUGAGACGAGGAUACGCCAGGAGGAGAUUAUGAGCGAGGCGCUUGCCAAGGAUUUAAAAAAUAUGUGGAUGGAUAUAGAUACAGAAAAGAUUGGUGAGAACUUAUCUGACAAGAAAUCAAUUCUUACAUCAAGGAAUCUGGAAAUUACAGAAUCUUUACUUGGUGUUAGUGUGAACUCAGUUCAGACGAGAUCUUUAAUGAAAGAUGAAAAUGAUCUAAAGAGAAGUUGGAUUGUUCAUUCUACACCGUCAAUUCAACAUCCUGAGAUCAAAUUAAAGACUUCAUUUACUACUCUGGACUCUUACGGUGAAAAGACAAGUAUGCCAACUGUAUUCGGAGUUAAGUUCCGUCUGGAGGGACUAGAUAGUUCAGAACUCAGUACACCAAUGGAAAUCUGUCAAGAGGACAGCGAUAUUCAGCUGUUCACACGUAUUCUUCGAGAAUAUAUUCACAAGAAGACUUUACGCGAUCAAUUUAUUGAAGAAGUGCUGAGGAAAGAAACCAAUGUAACCUUAAAGACCGGCACAGGGAAACUUCUAGAAUACCGAUCUGAAGUGAACUCUCUGCUGUUCCACUUGUGUCUUAAUUUAGACUUUAAACCUUCAACAAUGGGUUGGAAAAUAUCCUGGGUGUGUAAGUUCACUGAAACCGGAAAACGUUUAGCAAUCAGCUGUAAUCUUCCGGAAACUUUGAUUACCAAGGGAACGGAAAAGGAUUGGACACCUGAGUAUGCCAUGGAGACCUUAGGGAAGCUAUCACACUUGUAUACAGAAACACCAAGCAAAUCUCAGAACACAGCUGUUUCCUCAUUAUCAACUCCUUUAAGUGGACAGCACCCUAGACCUCCUAAACGUCGUCUUAACUAGGAACUUUAACCUAAGGAAC